CAAAACAGCGCCUUUGAAAUAAAAAACAAGAAGAAGAAGGAUAAAAUAAACUAGGGCUUUCGGAAGGAAAGGGCCGAAGGGGGAAGAAAAACCCAAGAAGGAAACCUACUCCUCUUCCUCUGAAGGAGAACAAGUAUUUAUAGAUUCUGGUUACCCAAUAUUUAUAUGCUUGUUCUUCCUUCCUGGUACGUUUUCUGAACACCCUUGGAUUAGUCUCACAUGGGUAUGAAUGUUUUGAACCUGGAAUCGUCGGAAACUCUUUGAAUAGAUUGGUUUUUGGAGUUCUUGAGGGUUAUGUUAUUUAUGCCUUGAAAGUGGUGGAUGUGGGUACUUUAAAGGAGACGUUUUGAUGAAUCUAGGUUGAGGGUGUCGAAGGUUUUUAUGUUAUAGAUCCCAUGGGAGCACUGUUAUAACUGAAAGGCCAUUGAAUCUACCCUUUGAACAGAAAUCAUUUUCUUUUUGUAUCCCAAGAGAAAGAUGGGAUAAAGAGUUCUUCAAGCUUCAGGGUGGGUAAUUAUACAAUUUGACAGAUUUGUUGAAUUGAGGAAGAUUUUGGUAACAUAAUUGGUUUGAGUUGGAUACUUUGAGAUGGGUUCUCCUCAAGGCUCCACAUUGACAACAAACAUGGCCAGGCUUGUUGAUGGUUCAACUGCAGGCAGAGAGGUUUCCCGCAUUGAUUGUUUGCCUGUUUAUGUGAAAGAGCUAAUAGCCGGAGGUGCUGCUGGAGCGUUUUCUAAAACUACUGUUGCACCUUUAGAACGGAUUAAAAUACUAUUGCAGACAAGGACUGAUGGUUUCCAAUCUCACGGGGUGUAUAAAUCCUUAAGGAAGGUACUAAAGCAUGAAGGUCUUCUUGGAUUUUAUAAAGGAAAUGGAGCCAGUGUUAUCCGGAUCAUUCCUUAUGCAGCCUUACAUUUCAUGACUUACGAGCAGUAUCGGGGUUGGAUCUCAGAUAACUUUUCUUUCUUGGGAUCAGGGCCCAUUAUAGAUCUUUUAGCUGGUUCUGCUUCUGGAGGAACAGCAGUGUUAUGCACUUAUCCGUUGGACUUGGCUCGUACUAAACUUGCUUAUCAGGUUGUGGACACCAGAACAAAUUUCGGGUGUGGUAUAAGAACUUUAUAUCCUCGACCUGCAUAUAGUGGCAUAACGGAUGUGCUGACAACUGUUUACAAGGAAGGAGGAAUACGCAGAUUAUAUCGAGGUGUAGGUCCAACACUCACUGGGAUCCUCCCUUAUGCUGGUUUAAAGUUCUACAUUUAUGAGAAACUAAAGACGCAUGUUCCUGAAGAGCACCAAAAGUCCAUUGUGAUGCGUCUUUCUUGUGGAGCACUGGCUGGUUUACUUGGGCAGACCUUCACAUAUCCAUUAGAUGUUGUAAGGAGACAGAUGCAGGUUGAAAGUCUUCAGUGUUCAACAAUCCAGGGUGAUACGAGAUACAGAAACACAUUGGAUGGACUUACUACUAUUGUCCGUAAUCAAGGAUGGAGACAAUUGUUUGCAGGCUUGAGCAUAAAUUAUAUUAAGAUUGUUCCUUCUGUCGCUGUUGGAUUCGCAGCAUAUGACAUGAUGAAGGCUUGGCUUCGCAUACCUCCCCGACAGAAGUCACAAACAGUAUCUUCUGGAUAAAACAGAGACGGAUUAACAAUUGGGGCAAUGGAAAUCCUAAAAACUUCUAAGUAGUAUCAUAUAACUAAGAAAAGUUUUAGCACCCAAACUUUAGAUGGUUGUGCUUAUUAUUUUUAUUUGCAGGGUAUUGUAUCAGAAAACAAAACUGAGGUGCAAGAGUGAAAUGAACGUGUAUUAAUAAUAGGAUUGAGCUCAAGAUGCUUAUGCUUAUUGUACUUUUUUAUGUAGUGUUGUUAUUGGGCGAGGCAUGUAAAAUACCAUAUCUUGGUUCAACUUUUCAGAAAAAUAUCAGACAUGGCUAUUCAAUAGAA